AUGACGCCGCUCAUGAUGCAGCUCACCGCGCUGGCACGGCGGGUCGCCAUGCAACUAGACCAGGCCAAGCGCUCCGAAAGAGCAGAAAGACCUGACCAAGAGAACAAUGCCUACCUGAAAAAGUUGGUGGCUUUGUACCGAGAGUUCCUGAAGGUGCUGAACAAGGAGCGAACAAAGCGAGCAGGUCAUGUUUGGAUCUGUAGUGAGCUCCUGCGGGCGUACUUCAAGCUCGGGCAGGUGUCGCAAUGCUCAUUUCUCUUGUCCACCGUGACGAAUUCGAUGCAGAAGGAUGGCUUCAAUCCGACCGACCUGCCCAAGGCCAUUUGCGUGACAUUCUACUUCUUCUGGGGCAAGUAUCUGGUCUUCGAUCACAACUUGCAAGGAGCGGACGAGAAGCUGACCUGGGCCUUUAACAACUGCCCGGAGAAGGCCUUGGCCAACCGCCGACGGAUUCUGUUGUACCUGGUGCCAUGCAAGCUGAGACUCGGGGUCCUGCCGACACAGGAACUCCUGCACAAGUACGACUUGGACGUGUUCUUCGAUGUGGUUCGUGCCAUCAAAGAGGGCAACGUGCAGCUCUUCACUCAGCGGAUGCAAGAGCUUAGCGCGGAUCUCAUCAAGAUGGGCACAUACUUGCUCAUGAUGCGGCUGAAGUUUAUGGUCCUCCGCAACCUCACCAAAGGAAUCUUCUUGGAAGUUCGCGGGAGGUUGACGGACAAGAGUGACAAGCUGGACUUCAAACCGUUUGAGCACGUCUUCGGCUGGCAAGACGGGUGUGAUGCGGACGAAACCGCCGCCUCCCUUGCAACGCUGAUCUACAGUGGGGCGGUCAAGGGGUACUUGAGCCACGACCGCCGGAAGGUCGUGUUUGCAAAGGAUGCCCCGUUCCCGCCACCCUCGAAGUGGCGAGUGUGA